GGUUUUGAGCGUUCUAUGCAUCAUUAUUGGAGUUAAAUUGACUGCUAGUUAAGCAAGAGACUUCAUUAUUCUGUGCUCACUUUCCUGUCUCUGUGUUUCCAGAUUGAAGGGUAUUGAGAGCAGGGGAAUACAUGAUAGAGAUACCCACUUGUCUAUGAAGAAGGAAGUUGGUACAGUCACCGAUAAAUCUGCCAUGGAAAGGGAAUCAGUCGUUGCAAGGGACUUUUUGGGUUUGAAUCAUGCCAGAAACAAUCCUAGUGGGGACUCACAAGCUCAGAUAGAAUCCCAAAGAGAUGGGUCUAAGGCCCAUUACAAAGAAAAUGUAUCCCUGGCAAAUAUAUCUUUGCAGUGGCCUUACUCAAAAAAAGCAGCUGCACUGCAGCAGUUCAUUUCUUUCAAGAAUUUGCAGGAAGGAUCGAAGAAGAGCUCAUUUGAACCACUUUCCAAUUCCGGAUUUCAUCCUAUAUCAACUGUAGAUGCUUUUGAUUUAAACAACAGAAGUACAGCUGCUUCUCAGACCUUCAAUCUUGAUCCUGUUGCAAGGAGUGCUACAGAGUCUGGAAACUACCAUUUUGGGCAAAAUGGGUCACCGAGUCGACCUUUCAGUGUUUCCCGUGUUAUGUAUUCAGCUCAGGCAGUUGAUGAUCGGGCUGCUCAAGGUUAUAACAUUCAGGAGGGUCGAAUGUUUCCCUGUUCAAACUAUUCACUCUCUGUCUCUAAUUCAGGAAUCCCUGCAUACUUCAAUGGACACCAAGCGACAGCCCCAUCUCCUCUCAUGUCAAAGCAAUUUCAUGGAAUGCCCUUAGCAGGACAACAUUCUUUCAUGCCUAUUCUUGGAGCCUCUGCCAGCACCUCAAUCCCAGGGUCUGCUCCUAGUGUUCCUGAAAAGCCAGCAGGUGCACAACUGACAAUAUUCUACGCUGGGUCUGUAAAUGUGUAUGAUGAUGUUCCGGCAGACAAGGCUCAAGCAAUUAUGUUUUUGGCUGGGAAUGGAAAUUCUUGUUCUGGAAAGACAACCACUCUACAACCUCAAAGCUCAACAAUUUCAAUGUCACUGUCAACUGUCGGGCAUGUUAAGCAAGCCGCUUCUUUGGGCCCAAGUCCAUUAAAUGCAUUGCCUGCAACAAAUCCACAAGCUAAUCCGCCAAAGUCGCAGACUACUGUUCAAAGUCAAACUAGCCAAUCUACUACUCCAAUAUUGUCUAGCACUAGAGAUCCUGAUGUAAUUCAAACUAAUGCUAGUUCUAACAAUCAGCAUGAAACUCCAAAGGUGAAUGCGUCAGGGUCAACAUCAACAUCUAUUAUGUCAAGAGCUGUACCUCAAGCUCGCAAAGCAUCACUUGCUCGAUUUCUUGAGAAACGCAAAGAAAGGGUCAUUACAAAAGCACCUUAUCCAACAAAGAAUUCAGCAGAGGAGUCCUCUAAUUCGGACAAGUCUCUCAGUCCUAAGUGUUCAGCUACACCUACAUCUGUAGAUGGAUGUAAAUCCCAACAUGAAUUUAUACCAAAGUCAGAGGAAAAGGGGUCACAACCAUGGCAAGGAGAAGCUGUGAAGAUGGAGAUUUAAGGAUGUAAGCUGCAGCUCACAUAAGAAAUGGUUGUCCAUUCUUUUUGUUUUCCAGGAAGCAUGUUUGUAUCAUUCAUUGUUAAUUUUGCAGCUUUGUGCACAAAGCAGCUUGUAACAUGAAUUUAAAUGUACUUUUAACAGAACAAUAGAGAAUAUUUGAGUUCAUUUGGUGAUAUCUAAAUUAAUCAGAGGAGUACAAAUCAUUCUGUUGUACUUAAGGAUUUCCUAUGCAAACUGUGGGCAAUUGUCAGUGAGAAUAUGGACUGGCAACAUUAUAGCCUUAGGUAACAAAGCAAACAUUGAAAGGCUAUUAUCUAAUAUAUUUCAUUUUCACCUA